GCUGGGGUCGCACUGCCAGUGCUCGCAAGUAGUUGGGGGCGUGCGACGGAGCUGCACGGAUUGAGGGGUUUACGGAUGGGCGCUUCCUUGCAGGUUUCUUCCCAUGUCUGUCCUGUAUUUGAUCUGUGAUUUGGAUGGCGUGGUUUUCACCUUCACGGCCUCCGAUGGCACCUGGGAGUUCUCCAGAUUAUCGAAGUUUCAUCACGACAACGGCAAGGACCGUUUCGUCUUCCGCGAGGCGGGUGAGGGAAAUUCCACUAGAUGGGUCCUGGAAAGCCAAUCUGGCCAGGCCAAGGUCUUUGGGACUCCAAAGUACUCGGGCCAUGGGCCCCCCUUUCGUGGCAAGCCGUCCCCUCCCAGAGGGAUGUGGACGGUUUGGGGCUGCCCCUUUGUGUUGUCUGACAUCCCGCCGCAGCACGCAGCGAUCGAGUCGCCCUUCACCUUUCAGGUGCCAUUUGCCCAGAUGAGCUUUCAUGAAGAGGUGGGGUUUCCAUGAAGCGGUGGUGGCAGAGGAGAUCUCUUCAACUCUUCCGUCAACGCCGAUGUCUAGUUGCCUAUCAUUGUGAGGAUCAUCGGCACACAAGCCAAAUCCCUGGAACCCGGCUGAUGUGGUACCGCUCCAGGUUUCCCGGCACCAGCCUCUUCCUCGUCACGAAAACAGACACGCGUUUUCGGAGUCGCAUUUGGUCCAGAAACUUAGGGUUUUUGGGGUGAUCAUCAUCAGACUUCUGGC